UGGAAGAGAAGAUCAAUCAUUUUGCCGACUGGAGCCCCUCCUGCGCAAGAAGGUGUGCAACUGAGUUGAUUUCCCGAUAGCAAUGAAUGAUGUUGGCAUGAAGAUUUUCAAUUUCCCUACUGAUAUCCUCCAAAUAUGGACCCCCCAUGGUAGUUUGGUGGUUGAGAGCUUUACAUAAGAGUUCUGAAUCAGUUUCAAUUUGAAACCCCUCGUAACCCUUACCUUUACACCAUUUCAGAGCUUCUAAAAGGGUUUGAGCUUCCGCUUGAAGGACAGAACCGGCCUUGAGAGGAAAUGAAAUCGUUGAGAUGAAAGUACCAUUUGCAUCUCUAAGAACAGCACCACCUGCACAUUUACCAUUAGCAAAGGCCGCAUCAGUAUUGAGUCUUAACGAGUGUGGGUGAGUGGUUUUCCAUGCCAUUAUUCUGCCUCUUUUUCUUGAUAACUGUUUAGGUAUUAGUCCAUAAAUUGAUAAAUCGUGAUCCCUUGUUAGAAAUUUGGAGCCUUGAUAACUUAAACACCAUUGAUGUGUAUAAGUUCUGAUUUGAUGAAUAAGAUUGCCUGUGUCAAAUGAUUUAUCAUCCCAGAUGGACGCAUUCAUACCCUUCCAAAUAUGCCAAAGAAUAAUGCGAAGAAGAACAUACCUCAAGAUUCCAGAAAGGGAUUUGUCCAUAGCCCCCAACCAAAGAGAAAAAAUAAUCUGUCUGAUCUCUUGAUAGGGGGGAAUGUUAACUUCCACUAAACUCAUGUAGUAAUGCCAAAUAGGCAUGACUUUAAGACAAGAGUAGAAGCAAUGAUCCUGAGUUUGUUGAUGAUGAAAACACAAAGGACAUCUUGAAGCCAUUUGUAUGUUGAACCUCAAAAGGUUUUUUGGGAAUGGAAAAUAAGAAUUGAGAUAUUUCCACAUGAAAAUUUUUAUAUUAAGCUUCUGUUUAGGAUACCAUGCUUUUUUAAAGGAGAAUCUAACGGAUGCUUUAUUCCUUAUCACUACAAAAAUUAAAAAAUUGCAUAGUGAACCUCUAACAAUUAACAAAAUCUUCUAGUCCUCCAUUCAUAUCGUCCACACGUCAUUUUCUUCUCCCAGUUUUCUUUCGAAUUAAAAAGGAACAAGAACUUCAAUUCUACAAAUCAAUGUCAAUGGAACCAAGAACCAAACUCUAUUGGUAUUGGCGUGGACAUUUGAGAUUCCACGCGGUGGAGUUCACGAAGGUAUUUGCUGAGAUACGUGUUGAGUUUGGGAAGGGGUGAAGGAUGCCAUUAUGCAGAUGGUGGUGUAUGAGGACUCUAUGAUCGCAAAGAAGCUUGGAGGAUGUGCCAGAAAAUUUCCAGAAAACUGAUACUACGUAUUUCUCAACUACUAUUGCCGGAAGAUAGAGAUCCAGUUCAUUCAUGAGUGUGAUUUUCUUCAUUGCAAUAAUUGCUUUUGCAGGUACUCCUAUUUUUUAUUGAGCAGGCCUUAAAUGUUAAAUACUCAAGUUUAGUUAGAGAUGCACUUGAUAGUUUGCUCGGCAGUUUUACCAUAAUUAAUCCCUCCAUUUACGGUCAUCCAAUUGUGUAUGUAGUGUGGUUGUACUGGGUUCUUGAAAUUGUUAUAUUGUUCAUGGGCAGUUCUGGUCACUGCCGUAUCAAAAUUGUUGGUUCAAUAUGCCAUUAUCAUUUCAGAGCUAAGUUGGAACAUCAAACAUGUAAAAUUGUAAAUGUACUCAAAAAAGGAAGGUGAUGAUGGUCUAACCUUGUAAACUUAAGUUUCAUUGUUUGAAGGUAAGGAACUAAGUUGAGGUACACUGAAUUCCCAACCGGGAAAAUAUAAGCCAUAUAAUAAUCCCAAGUAUAUGAGAGUCAGUAUAAAUGCAGUGCCCUAUGUAUACAUAUAAUGGAAAGAAAACCAUCCUCAGUCAAACCUUCAAAAGCAUUUUCACAAAAAUGAUCUUUGGGUGGUAAUAGGUUUUCAAAGUUGUUACUGUCUUAGUGGCUCCAUGUGUUACUGAGAAUCGCUUAAUAACAUUCAUUAUUUUUGUAGUAAGAGUUUUGAAGUAUUUAUCUCUCUGGUUCUGCAUAACUCCCACUUCCCAUUGUACAUUUUAUUGAAACCUACAAACAAUAAAAACAAAAUUUGAAUAUAAAAAAUGGACAGAUAGCUUAGCAUUGAGCUUGAGAAGAUGAAUCAGGGAUACCAUUGUAACGGCAUUUUCAAAGGAAAAUACAAAAUUUUUGUAAAAUAAGAAUGCCAUUUUGAUGGCAUUUUCAGUGUUGAACUUGAUAUUUUUUACCAAUCAAAGAAGAAAUCGAGCAUCUGCAACGAAAUAGAAGAGGGAGAGAACUGGAGAAGAGGGGAGGAAGGAGAGAGCCUACCUUCGAAGAAGAGAAGAUCUCCGACGGCGAUGGCGACGGCGGCGGUGAUGACUAUGACUGGGUAGUGGCAGAGAACUUCACGUCAGCGGCGGCAGGCUCGACGCUUUGGUUGUUCCAGUGCGAAGGGGAAAGGGAAGAAGGUGUAUUGCGCAAGGGGAGAUGCGCAGGGGAGAAGGGGGAGAAGAUGCGCCGCAGGGGAGAAAAAGAAAAGGAAGAGGGGAAAGGGAAAGAAUAGGGGUAAAUGGGUAAUACAGUCCCAUUUAGGGCAAAAAAUAUGAUUAGUCCUAUUUAAGAGUUUCACCAAUAAUCUAGUCCCUUUUAGGGCAAUAUAUCUUUUUAUUAUAUAAAUUUUGAAAAGCCCAAGUCAAAUUCAGGCCUAGCUGGUCCAGAGUCCAGUCCAUUAGGCUAGGAAAUUUCACAAGCUACAGACAUAUCAAUCGGCUACCAUCUACGCCGAAUUGAACGGCUGAAGAGGAGGUGAAGAUGGAAGAGAUUGUCGGCUACCAUCUACGCUGCCCGGCGCCAGCUACAAUCUCCGGCCUAACAAGGUAAGUAAUACUUCGUCUCUAUUGUCUUGUUCUGCGCACUCAUUGACUCUCCAUAGCCGUAUUCUCUGCCAACUAUCCGCAGCUAUAGAAAAGUAAAAAAAAAUGGAAACAAGACUACAAGAGUAUGCGUUAGGAGUUAGGACAGGUGAUUCAUAGUCUUAAUUUGAUCCUAAGCUUUGCUAAUUGCUUCUUCCUCUCAUAUGCAGCUUGUGAGUUGUGAGUUGUGACCUCUCUUUCCUCUUAUCUUCCAAAACCUAUUGUGUAACAGAGAGGUAGAUAUUUAUAUUUUGAAUUUUUCAUUAGACAGAAAAUAAACUAUUUUAAAUUCAUUAUAUCUCUAAGCCAAUUAUUAAUUAUUAUUGUAUGAACUAUGAAGUUGAUGAAGCACUAUAACCAAGCAGUUGAAAUUCAGAGUACUCCAUUGAGAGCUUAGAGACUCUUCGUGGCUGACUCCAUUGUGGGCAUUCGAAAUUGUGUGAAGUAUAUUCAUUCUUCAAGUGUAAGAUUGGAUAAGUUUAGGGAUUGUGCGGUAUUGGAGAAGAAGGAUAAGAUGGCUACCGUUCCGUUGGAUGUGGUGACAAGGUGGAAUGCAACCUAUUCUAUGCUUCAUAGUGCUUAUAAGUACAAAGUCGUGUUUGCAAGGUUGCAUGAAGACAGCACACAAUUUCAUGCAUAUUUUUGUGAGGAAGUGAUGAGAGAGGUUGAUGGCAAAAAAUUCAAAGUCAAGAGAGUGGGACCUCCGGAAGAGGAAGAUUGGGAGAAAGCAAUGGGCUUUGCACAUUUUCUAAAGAAGUUUUAUGAUGUCACUAUCAAACUUAGUGCCACGAAGAGCCCUACAUCACAUCUAGUUUUGAGAAGUUUGGUCAACUUGAAACUAGAAAUUGAUAGGAAGAUUGGGGAUUCCAAAGAUCCUAUUUUGCAAAGUGUGGCCAAAUCAAUGAAGCUAAAGUUUGAUAAGUAUUGGGGUGCUUUUGAUAAAAUGAACCUAGUAGUCUUUGUCGCCCAAGCUCUUGAUCCAAGAUACAAAUUGCAAAUGAUUGAAAUACACUUGGAAGAUCUUGGGUUCACUUCCGUGCAAGUUGAAGCUAUGAAGAGUGAAGUGAAAGGUCAUUUGAACAAAAUGUAUGAUGCAUAUAAGGCAAAAAACGUUGACCAAUCUUGUAUAGAGGUUCAAAUGGAGGAUGAUGAUGACGAUGAUGUGGAUGAUAUGGAAGCAAGGGCGGAGUAUGGCAUCAUCUAAUCAUCCAUGACAACUUGAUGGAGGAUGAUUGAUGGCAGUACACUGUGCACAUGCUGUCAACUUUGAAGUUCUUUGUUAGUUGAUUUGGAUGUUCUUGAACAUUGUCCUUUUUAAAUUAAACUCAACGUUUCUACUUUUGAAUUUAGUUUUGAUUUGUCCUCAUAUUAUGGGAUGUUAACGGAUUGGAUGUUUAUUGUGUUGAGUGUUGGAUUUGUUCUGAAAUAGAGUAUGGGAUUUUAUUAUUUGUGUUGUUGGAUUUUAUUAUUGUUGGUGAAUGAUUGAUGAUUACAAUUGUG